CUGUAGAUUAUGAGAGUUUCUAAAAUUAAACUCAGGUAUUGCACCAUAUAUACGCAAGCCGCAACAAGAAAAAUCAGUUUAGAGAGAGUACAUCGAGCGGAGGAGUCAAGCACAGUCAAGCAGGACAGAGGAGGCACCGGGGCUCUACGCCUAGCGAGAAAUAAAACCAGUCAUAGAAACCAAAGACGACAUUACUACGUCGACUUUCAUCUCGCAAAUCAUGGAUUUAUUUGAUACGGAUGCCCAAGGAUUGGUGACAUUGGACGAAGAGCUUGCCUGUGUCCCCACUGGCUCCUCCCCCAGUCCCAACUGUAUCCCCGACACGUUGGACGAUUUGGUCAACUGGCUGGACAUCAAACCAAGCAUAACGUUUGACCAGGACGUCCAACUCUUCACAACGUUUGGAACAGAAGACAAGUGGCCUAUUUAACGAAGGUUUAGCUGGUGACGACAGGCUUGGCGUUAUCAGCGAUACGAAACCAUUGGCCGGGGAUCUACUGACUGCCAUUGACAGCGGGAAUGACGUCGUUCCGAUGUGGGGUCUGGACGACAUUUCCCUUGGUGACAUGUUGGGAUCCAACAUCGACCCCAUGGGUGAGGCGAGCCUGGACAGCUUUGUGGAUCUGUCCACUUACCUGAUGGAGAACACAGUCGGUGCCACAAGUGACGUUGGUGAUGUUGACAUACAGUCGGUAACAACAUCAUCUCAGAAACGAUCAUUUGGGGAAAUAGAAACGGUCGAGCUAGUCGACGUGGAGGACGAAGUCGUCAUGGAAACGACCUCUGACCACGACUACGUCUCGAAGAGGUUGCGACUGUCCUCUCCAUCCGAGUCGAGCGACGACUAUGCAGGUUCCGUGAAAAUGGAACCCGCGUCGACUGUUGCCAUGGAAACUAAAGCGUUCACCGUGCCGGUGACGCCCGAGAUGAAAUACCGCCAACGUCGCAACAAAAACAACGUGGCGUCGCGCAGGUCACGCGAGACCAGGAAACAGAAAUACAGCGAGAUGGAUGUCGUGGCCGAACAACUGAAGGUUGACAAUGAGAAACUGAAGGUCAGGAUUGUCGAGCUGGAGAAACUGGCGAAGGAGAUGAAGAACAUCCUGGUCUCCAAAUUGGUAGGGAAGUAAAAAGACAAACAAACCAUGACUGAUCUCUCCAAGGGAGGGGACCAGGGGGACCUGUCCCUCCCUCUAAAAAAUUAAACUUAAAGUGCCCCUUUUUGAAGAAUUUAUUUAGUUUUCAUUGAAGUGCCCUUUUCAGGGAGUUGCUCCAUGUACCCUUUUGCCCUUGGUCCCUUCCCUAAAAUGUUUCCUAGGUCCACCCUUGUUCUCAAUCCGUGUUUUCCUUUGUGCAGCUGUGUGUUUGCCUAGUGUUGUUAACAUCCCUUUCUUUGGGGUGGUCUUUAUGAAUAGAAAUGAAACCAUUAAUAUCAUUAUUAUGACUGUAAAAAGGUACUGGUUGUAACAGUAAUUCCUUUUUAGUUGGUAAAAUGAAUUUUGUUACUCCUUACUUUUCAAAUAAAUAGUCGUAUACAUAUAGGCCUAUAUAAGUAACUGGGGUGGGGAGUUGUAUAAUAUAUUAAUUAAAUUUCUAUUGAGGGAUAUAUAUAUUAGAUAGGGCCUAAAUAUAUUAUUUAAAAAAAAAUGUUUUGUAAAAUUGUUAUUAUUAUUAACACUAUCAUAAUUAUUUUUGCUUAUUUUCAAAGAGGGCCACUCAUAUAUAUAUAUACAUAUACAUAUACAUAUACAUACACAUAUGUAGAUUAAAAGAAAAAUGUUUUAUGGAUGAUCUAUCUAGGGAUUAUUUGCUCUAUAUUAAUGAGUACAAGGUGUUAGGUAAGGAUGUAUUAUUACUUUUAUUAGCCGACUGCACAAAGGAAAAACUGGUGGGAAUAUUAACGAUAUUUCAUCUCGGAAGACAGAUGUAAUACUAGUAUAGAUUAAAGGAAAAAAAGAAAAUGAAGUUGUUUUAUGUAUGAAACUGACUGGUAGAAAUCCAUCUAUGUUAGAACAGGACUCUGAAAAUUGACAGCUUGUGGAAUCCAUUUAUGUGUUACCUCAAAAACCUCUUGGGUAACGUGUUUUUGUGUAACCCAUUAUAAUCAUGUGGAGACUGCCCUAAAUAUAACGAUGGAACGUAAAAUGGGUUACACAAAACUAAAUUUGCACAUGCGAGGGCCACAAUUUUUAGAGGCAGGAGCAGAUUCAGGGAUUUGUGAAAGAGGGGGACACUGGUGUGAGGGUGAAGUGCGAACACCAGAAUGCCAAAGGGUCGAGCCCCAACAUAGGCCAGAGCAUGGAAAGGGGUGUUUGAACAGUUUUUUUUUUUUUUUAAAGGGGGGUGCAUGCUCCUCCGCUCUCCCCCUGGAUCCGCACCUGAGAGACCUUAUUAGUAGUAGCACAUACAUAUUGAUUUGAAAUCUGUAACAUUUUAAUGUCAAUCUCCUCAUCGAAGAGUUCUGAUCAUAAUGUCAGCUCUGAUGGGGAGAUCAGACAAAAUGUGCAGUGUUUGACUUUAUUCUUUUUUGAUAUGUCAAAAAAAAGUAUAAAUUUUAGUAAAAUGUUAAAAAAAAAUACAAAAUAGAAAAAUGGGGGAAAAAAUCCUUGUAUAUGUUUUAGGAUUUUCCCUUUAAGGAUUUUCCCUUUAAGGAUUUUCCCUUUAAUGUUUUCAUCAUUUGCCAUUUGCUGCAUAUUUAAACUGCUCAAGCGUUUAGAUGGACUGUCUACUUGUUUUGAUUCAGAAGAACUUUGUUUCACAGUUUACGUUAUCUUUUGUUGUUAUUAUAUACAAUUGUACGUAAAAAGAAAUUUUUAACGAAAAAGAUAAUUUAAUAUAUGAAUUCUGAAGUUUUAGUGCUUAGAAAUAUUUAUCAAUUAGAACAAUAUUUUUUCUUUUACAAACAUACCUAAAAUUACUGAUAUGAACAUUUUCAGAGCUAGCUCUGGCACUUCGCCAAAUUUGCAAAUUUCAAUUUUCAAAAACAACCGGCAAAUUUUAUUUUCAUUUGGCCAAACAACUUCAUGUAAUAAUUGAUAUUUUGAUACAAAAGAACUGAGU